AUUGUUACACAUUCGUCACCAUCAACUCGCUUAAGGCUCGUGUCGCGCGACAUUCGCUCUGUCAAAUCGAGGAGGUAUAGGCCUACUUAUUCCGAUCCGAUUUUUGACAACGGUGCCGUAGCCUAGAAAACAUCUAAAAAUGGACUUCCGCGACGGAUUGUACAACCACUGGGGCUGGGUUUUAGUUGUGUCCUCAUUUAUUAUUACUAUUCCAUUACAUGGAAUCGAAUACAGCUAUAACUCGCUGAUGGUUUGGUUCCAGGAUGAAUUUCAGGCCAGCAAGUCAGAGACAGGUUUGGCGGGAACCAUUGCGAUUGGUCUACUCUCUUUAUCAUCUCCACUGUCAUUCUUCCUCUUGGAAUUCGUCAGCACCCGUACUGUCAUCCUCCUUGGUGUCGCCAUGUGUUCCACUGGUCUCUUCGCAUCUUCUUUUGUGCCGUCACUUCCGUAUCUAUACUUCACCUACGGCGUGUUGUACGGAAUUGGAUCGAAUUUCACACACGUGCCAGCCUUAGCGCUGAUCAUCAAGUAUUUUCCGAAGAAACACACGGUCAGUUCUACGUGCAUAGCUCAACUUGGCGCAAGUAUAGGAGUCAUUGCUUUGCCAUCGAUCGUGGAGACCCUGUUCGGCCAACUUGGAUGGAGAAUGUCAAUGAGGAUCUUCGCUGGAGUUAUGCUCUUGACGGGUACACUUGGCAUUGUUUUUGUACCACCUACAGUGGUCGAAGAACGCCGGCAGUCUAAGGCGAUGGAAGCUCUGAAAGACUGCGAGAAGUCUAAGGAAGCAAUGCUCGAGAAACAGGGACUUGAAUUGAUUCAGUUAGACCUACCACAGAAAAGUUUCGUCAGGCGUUACAUCGACUUUAUGUCACAAAUGAAAUUCUGGGUGACCGAGCUUCUAUUCUUUGUUAUGGCGCUUGGAGUAACAAUGAGCUUAACAAAUAUUGGAAGUUUUCUAUCAGAGACCUCGCUGAGUGAAGAUAAACAAGUUCUCGUAUUGAGUGUAAUGGGAAUAGGUGAUCUGGUUGCAAGGGUGUUUGUGUCGGCAGCCGUUGAGCGUCUUCCGUUUUCCAGGACAACUUACUUCAGUAUAGCUUGCCUCAUUGCCGGAGUUCCUUUCUUUUUCUUAGUGGUUGCGUCCGACAGCGUAGUUCUUCUUAUUUCAUUGUUAUUGCUUAUUAAUUUCGGAAGAGGUAGCUUAUUUGGCAUGAUUGUGUCCGUCGGGGUUGAGGUAUUUGGCGCGGAAAACUCAGACGAAUCAACAACAAGUGUCUUCUUUGCAUUUGGACUUGGUGGUCUAUUCGCUGCUCCUGUUGGUGGUGCUAUUUCAGACGCUACAGGAUCAUACGUUGCAACAUUUUACUUCUGUGGUUCUUUGUGUAUAUUAGCGUUUAUAAUUGCAACAGUACUUGCAAAGAUGAGACGCAAUGCCAAAAGUAAACUUUACGAAGGCUCAACAGAAUCACCAAUCGUCUAUACCUUCCCGGGCAUUAGCAGUGGGCCUGAAGUUUACGAAACCUACAUAACCACCGUAUGAGUGGGCCGAACAGCUCCCUGAAGAAAAAAACUGCAAUAGCCAAUACGAACACCGAACUUGUAUCCAUAACUUGUUAAAUUAUUAUUACCUGUUUGUACAUUUAAUAUGAAUAGUACCUGUAUAAAGUUAAAGCGAUUUUUUUUUGUGAAUUCUUGCCAAUACAUUUGUCCGGUAGAUAUGAAAAUAUAGAAAGUUAUAAUUUACUGAGAAGCCUUAUGUAUUGCACAAUAAUACAAUAAUGAAUUUAGGUUACGUUAUACUGUAUAUAAUUUUUUUACAAGAUGAAACCAAAAUAAAAAAAAAAAAAAUAUAUAUAUAUAAUCAUAAUAUUGAUAAGGAUACUUAAAGAAAUUGCUAAUCGCUGGCGGAUUAGUAAAGACUGUAAGUUGAAUGUGUGUUAUGCUAAUUCCAACGAAUGAAAACGACGAUGAGAGGCUCAGAAUUUUCCAUAUAUAAAGUUGAUAUAUAAUUGCCCACUAUCUAAUAGAAACUAGACUACAUGUAGGCCUGAUAUAAACACUUUAAAAGGGAUGAAGUUUAUUAGGCUUAACCUUUAUAUUACUUUAAGUUGUUAUUAAUAUGUAGGUAUUAUUUUAUUUAUAUAUUGUAUUUGUCAAAAUGACUGAUGUGUUUAAAGAUAUACACGUGCAAAUGAUAUGCCGAGUCUAGAAAAUAAGAAAUUUAGAAAAAGCAAAGUUUUAUUUGAAUUAAGAAGAAAGCAUGACUUGUACCGUCCGUACGUGCCUUAUGGAUCAGUGUUUAUACAGAAGUAUAUAGAUCAUUUCAAACAUUUAUUUUAUUUUUUAUAUUUUAUAUUUUUAGACGUUUGUACUAAUGCCAGUGUGUUUGUAAUGUGAGUGUUUAUUAUUUAUUCCAAUCACCUUUUGAGAUAAAUACGACAUGCAAAUAAAGCGAGAAUUCUGUACUGUACCAAAGCGUAAA